GCGGGCAGGAGCCCUGGAGCCAAGUGAGCGGCCCUGGAGUCAGUGGAGCAUGAACGUGGUGGGACGUUGGUGAGGCACCUGGGAGGCAGCUGGAGGGACGGGCCUGGAGCUCACAGCGGGACUCCAGGCUCAGAAGAGGUUGGGCUCCCGCAAAAACAGCCAGGAAGAGACUGCGCGGAGAGAGCGAGAUGGCCCACGGGCUAGCGGGAGGCCCUCGGAGAGGGGGCUGGAGGAUCUAGCGCCUCUGGGUCCCCCUCCCGGCAGCCGGGGCCUCCCCCGGGGCACGGCGGGCGCCAUGGACUCGCUGGGGUACAACUGCUUUGUGGACCGAGACAAGAUGGAGGCCGCCAUCCAAGACCUGGGGCCCAAGGAGCUGAGCUGCACGGAGCUGCCGGAGCUGAAGCAGCUGGCGCGCCAGGGCUACUGGGCCCGCAGCCACGCCCUGCGGGGGAAGGUGUACCAGCGCCUGAUCCGAGACAUCCCCUGCCGCACGGUCACGCCGGACGCCAGUGUGUACAGCGACAUCGUGGGCAAGAUCGUGGGCAAGCACAGCGCCAGCAGCCUGCCGCUGCCCGAGUUCGUGGACAACACGCAGGUGCCCAGCUACUGCCUGAACGCACGCGGCGAGGGGGCCGUGCGCAAGAUCCUCCUGUGCAUCGCCAACCAGUUCCCCGACGUGUCCUUCUGCCCCGCGCUGCCGGCCGUGGUGGCGCUGCUGCUGCACUACAGCGCUGACGAGGCCGAGUGCUUCGAGAAGGCCUGCCGCAUCCUGGCCUGCAACGAGCCGGGCCGCAAGCUGGUGGACCAGAGCUUCCUGGCCUUCGAGUCCUCCUGCAUGACGUUCGGGGACCUGGUGAACAAGUACUGCCAGGCGGCCCACAAGCUGAUGGUGGCCGUGUCGGAGGACGUGCUGCAGGUGUACGCGGACUGGCAGCGCUGGCUGUUCGGGGAGCUGCCCCUCAGCCACUUCGCCCGCGUCUUUGAUGUCUUCCUGGUGGAAGGCUACAAGGUGCUGUACCGCGUCGCCCUGGCGAUCCUCAAGUUCUUCCACAAGGUGCGGGCCGGGCAGCCGCUCGAGUCCGACAACGUGAAGCAGGACAUCCGCGAGUUCGUGAAGGACAUCGCCAAGACCGUGUCCCCUGAGAAGCUGCUGGAGAAGGCGUUCGCCAUCCGCCUGUUCUCGCGCAAGGAGAUCCAGCUGCUGCAGAUGGCCAACGAGAAGGCCCUGAAGCAGAAGGGCAUCACCGUCAAGCAGAAGAGUGUCUCACUUUCUAAAAGGCAGUUUGUGCACUUGGCCGUCCACGCAGAGAACUUCCGCUCGGAGAUCGUCAGCGUGAAGGAGAUGAGAGACAUCUGGUCCUGGGUCCCCGAGCGCUUCGCCCUCUGCCAGCCCCUCCUGCUGUUCUCCUCGCUGCAGCAUGGGUACAGCCUGACACGGUUCUACUUCCAGUGCGAAGGACACGAGCCCACCCUCCUGCUCAUCAAGACCACGCAGAAGGAGGUGUGUGGGGCUUACCUGUCAACAGACUGGAGCGAGAGACACAAGUUUGGCGGCAAGCUGGGCUUCUUCGGGACCGGAGAAUGCUUCGUGUUUAGGCUGCAGCCGGAGGUGCAGCGCUACGAGUGGGUGGUCAUCAGGCACCCGGAGCUGACCAAGCCGACGUCCCUCAUGUCCUCGGAGACCACUUCCGCCCCUGCCACGCUCAGCCACCCCGUGUCCUCAGACCCCUCGGACCGCCUCUCGCCGUUCCUGGCCACGCGGCACUUCAACCUGCCCUCCAAGACCGAGUCCAUGUUCAUGGCGGGGGGCAGUGACUGCCUCAUCAUCGGGGGAGGCGGUGGCCAGGCACUCUACAUCGACGGGGACCUGAACCGGGGCCGCACGGGCCACUGUGACACCUUCAACAACCAGCCCCUCUGCUCUGAGAACUUCCUCAUUGCUGCCAUCGAGGCCUGGGGCUUCCAAGACCCUGACACUCAGUGACAGGCCUGCGCCAACGGGCCCGAAGCUCUUGCUGGCCUCGCCUUGGGUUCACGCCUGGAGGGGAGGCCCUGGGAGGAGGGGCCCUCUGUGAAGGACCCAAACCAGCCUGAGACACCUCCAAGGGUCUGCGCAGAGAAGCCGGGACCCACGGGCUUCCCAGCCGCCGCCUCUCCAGCCCAACCGCUUCCCCGAGCCCCCUGCAGCCACUGUGGCUGCCCCGAUUCACCUGCGUUGCCGCAGUGACCUGGGCCCAGCUCCUGUCCACACCCCCAGCGUGGCCAGCUGCCUGCCCACUGCCCCUCCUCUUCGCAGGCCCUGCGCCCUCCCGGGCCCACGUGGUGCACGUCCCCCCUCUGCCCCUCUCGGCGCUAUGGCCGGUCAUGGGCCAGAGAUUUCUGCCACUCUCCUCCUACAGCCCCCGGGGGCCUGGGCCCCUGCACAGCCUGAGCCUGUGGCUGCAGUGCACAGGAGGUGCGGGGCGGACUUGCCACGGCACUGCAGGGAGCAGCCCUGCCCAUGACUUUCCCUCCUGCCUUGUGACCUCCUUCAGCUGGUCCUGAGGGGAGCACGGACAGACAGAAGAGGGGAGAAGCAGAGACCCAGGGGCUGUGCCAGCGCCAUGGAGGCCUGGGUCACGGGUGCAGAUGCCAGGGGUCCCACCCCGCCCCACCCCCACGUGACUCCAGCCGGCACCAUUCGGGGAGCCUGUGCCCGUCUCUGCUGGUUUCCUUGCUCUUCCUGUGUGGGAGGGGGUUGUUGUCAUCCUCUGCCCAUCUGUUUGUGUCACCUCUGAACGGGGCCAUGGUGGUACAGGAGCAAGGACCAGGAACCCCUGUGGCUUUGGGCAAGCUGGUAAGCCUGUCUGGAACUCAGUUUGCCCAACUGUGAAAUUGGCCUGUCAUUCUGCCCUGCUGUCCUCAAGGGGAGCGGGCUGAGAGGGGGUGUCCCCGCUCACCCCACUGACCGAGGCAGCCCUCCCCACCCCCUGCGUCCCACAGCCCCGGUCUGUACCGCCGACUUAGGUGUUCAUUAAACACAGUCUUGUCGUGUUGA